AUGGGUAAGUCAGUAUCGAAAUUGUCAAAGGAUGAUUUACAAUCACUUAGACAAGCAACUUAUUUUGAUAAAAGAGAGUUACAACAGUGGUAUAAGGGGUUUUUAAGGGAUUGUCCGCUGGGACAGCUAUCAGAAGAGGAGUUUUCGAAGGUAUUUAAACAAUUUUUUCCUUUUGGGGAUCCAAGUGAUUAUUGUCAUUAUCUAUUUCGGGUUUUUGAUGUUGAUAAUUCAAAGUAUAUCGACUUCAAGGAAUUUAUCAUUGCAUUGUCGAUUACUAGUCGAGGCUCGCUAGAACAGAAGUUGAACUGGAGUUUCAAGCUUUACGAUUUUCGGAGAUGUGAGCAGUUAUCUUAUAAUGACGUGCUAACGAUAAUACGGGCAACUUACAAGAUGAUCGGUGCUAUGGUGGCAUUGCCAGAGGAUGAAAGGACGCCAGAACAAAGAACAGAUAAGCUUUUCCGCUAUUUGAAUAAGGAUAGAGAUAGAGAUACAAUAAAUAAGGAUGACUUUAAGAAGUUACUGAAGUUUGACGCUGCCAUAGUGAACGCAUUGAAUUCAUACGAGGGCUUGGUAUAA